UCUGUUCAGAGCUUUAUUAUGAUGAAAACUGAAGCGGGAAAGGAUUGCAAAGCUCUUUGACUGUCCACAGUGGAGUCCAUUGAUUCUUCUAGCUCCAUCAAGUUCACAUUCAUAGGAUUGUUGACUGCAGAUUGCAGCUACCAUGUCUGACUCAGUAAUUCUUCGCAGCGUGAAGAAAUUUGGAGAGGAGAAUCAUGUUUUUGAGUCAGAUGGGUCUUAUAACAAUGAUAAGAAAUCAAGGCUACAAGAUAAGAAAGGUGAAGGCGCCCAAGUUGGCUUUUUUCAACUGUUUCGAUUUUCUUCAUCAACUGACAUUUGGCUGAUGUUGGUGGGAAGUUUAUGUGCACUUCUUCAUGGAAUAGUCCAGCCAGGCAUAGUUUUCAUGUUUGGUGCAAUAAUUGAUGUUUUCAUUGACUAUCAAAUUGAAAUUGAAGAACUCAAGAUUCCAGGAAAAGCAUGUGUGAAUAACACCAUAGUAUGGCUCAACAGUUCCCUCAACCAGAAUGUGACAAAUGGAACACGUUGUGGGUUGCUGAACAUUGAAAGUGAAAUGAUUGUUUUUGCCAGUUUCUAUGCAGUGGUUGGUGUCACAGUCCUUCUCUUAGGAUAUAUUGAGGUGUGCUUUUGGGUGAUUGCUGGAGCCCAUCAGAUUCAGAAAAUGAGAAAAUUUUACUUUAGGAAAAUAAUGAGAAUGGAAAUGGGAUGGUUUGAUUGCCAUGAUGUGGGCGAGUUGAAUACAAGAUUCUCUGAUGAUAUUAAUAAAAUCAAUGAUGCCAUUGGGGAACAAAUGGCCAUAUUCAUUCAGCGCAUGACCUCAGCCCUCUGUGGGUUCCUGUUGGGAUUUUUAAGCGGUUGGAAACUGACCUUGGUUAUUAUUUCUGUCAGCCCUCUCAUUGGGAUUGGAGCAGCCAUCAUUGGUUUGAGUGUGGCCAAGUUUACAGACCUUGAGUUGAAGGCCUAUGCCAAAGCAGGGUCUGUGGCUGAUGAGGUCAUUUCCUCGGUGCGAACUGUGGCUGCUUUUGGUGGUGAGGAAAAAGAGAUUGAAAGGUAUGAGAAAAAUCUUGUGUUUGCCCAGCGCUGGGGAAUUAGAAAAGGGAUAGUGAUGGGAUUCUUCACUGGAUACAUGUGGUGUCUCAUCUUUCUUUGUUAUGCACUGGCUUUCUGGUAUGGCUCCAAACUUAUCCUGGAUGAAGAAGAAUACACACCAGGAACUCUUAUCCAGAUUUUCUUCUGUGUCCUAACAGGAGCUUUGAAUCUUGGCAAUGCGUCUUCUUGUUUGGAAGCCUUUGCUGCUGGGCGUGCAGCAGCUGCCAGCAUUUUUCAGACAAUAGACAGGAAACCCAUCAUUGACAGCAUGUCAGAAGACGGUUACAAGCUGGAUAGAGUCAAGGGUGAAAUUGAAUUCCAUAAUGUCACCUUUUACUAUCCCUCCAGACCAAAGGUGAAGAUUUUAAAUAACCUCAGCAUGGUCCUUAAGUCAGGGGAAAUGACAGCUCUCGUAGGAUCUAGUGGAAGUGGGAAAAGUACAGCACUACAGCUCAUUCAGAGAUUCUACGACCCCUCUGAAGGCAUGGUGACUCUGGAUGGCCAUGACAUUCGCUCUCUUAACACCCAGUGGCUGAGAAAUCAGAUUGGGAUAGUGGAACAAGAGCCAGUUCUGUUCUCCACCACUAUUGCAGAAAAUAUUCGCUAUGGCAGAAAAGAGGCGACAAUGGAAGACAUAGUCCAAGCUGCCAAGGAGGCCAAUGCCUACAACUUCAUCAUGAACCUGCCACAGAAAUUUGACACCCUUGUGGGAGAAGGAGGAAGCCAGAUGAGUGGUGGCCAGAAACAAAGGGUAGCCAUUGCCAGAGCCCUCAUCCGAAACCCCAAGAUCCUCCUUUUGGACAUGGCUACCUCAGCAUUGGACAAUGAGAGUGAAGCUAUCAUACAAGAAUCACUGAAUAAGAUUCAACACAGGCAAACAAUCAUUUCAGUGGCCCAUCGCUUAUCCACGAUCAGAGCUGCAGACAUCAUCAUUGGUUUUGAACAUGGCACAGCUGUGGAAAGAGGCACCCACGAAGAACUGUUGAAAAGGAAGGGUGUUUACUUCACGCUAAUGACUUUGCAAAGUCAGGGAAAUCAAGCCCUUCAUGAAAAGGAUGAGAAGGGAAAAGAUGGAACUGAAGGCAACACACUUGAGAAGACCUUUAGCAGAGGGAGCUACAGAGAUAGUUUAAGAGUUUCUCUCAGGCAACGUUCCAAGUCUCAGCUUUCUCAUCUGGUACAUGAAACUCCAUUAGCUGUUGUAAAUCAUAAAUCUGCUUAUGAAGAUGAAGACGAAAAGAACAAGAGCAUUUUUAUGGAAGAAGAAGUCCUGCCUGCCUCAGUUAGAAGAAUCAUGAAAUUCAAUGCUCCAGAAUGGCCCUAUAUGCUGGUAGGCGCCCUGAGUGCAGGUGUGAAUGGGGCACUCACACCCCUCUAUGCCCUUUUAUUCAGUCAGAUUGUUGGGACUUUUUCACUUCCUGAUAAAGAGGAACAAAAGUCAAGCAUUGCAACUGUGUGCCUACUUUUUGUAGGACUAGGCUGUGUAUCCCUUUGUACCCAAUUUCUGCAGGGAUACACCUUUGCUAAAUCUGGAGAGCUCCUCACGAAAAGGCUACGUAAAUUUGGUUUCAGGGCGAUGUUAGGGCAAGACAUCGGCUGGUUUGAUGAUCUCAGAAAUAGUCCUGGAACACUGGCAACAAGACUUGCUACAGAUGCUUCCCAAGUUCAAGGGGCUGCUGGCUCUCAAAUUGGGAUGAUGGUCAAUUCCUUCACCAAUGUCACUGUGGCCAUAAUCAUUGCCUUCUUCUGUAGCUGGAAGCUCAGCCUGGUCAUUUUGAGCUUCUUCCCCUUCUUGGCUUUAUCAGGAGUCCUACAAACCAGAAUGUUGAUGGUAUUUGCCUCUCAAGACAAGAAGGCUCUGGAGAAGGCAGGACAGAUUACCAGUGAAGCCCUCAAUAACAUUCGCACUGUUUCUGGAAUUGGCAUGGAGAAGCAUUUCACAGACGCAUUCGAAGCUGAGCUGGAGAAACCAGUCAAGACAGCCAUUAAAAAAGCGAAUAUCUAUGGAUUUUGCUAUGCCUUUUCCCAAAGCAUAACAUUUAUUGCAAAUUCUGCUUCCUACAGAUUUGGAGGUUACUUAAUCUCCAAUGAGGGACUCCAUUUCACCUUUGUGUUUAGGGUGAUUACUGCAAUUGUAUUGAGUGCAACAGCUCUUGGAAGAACAUUCUCCUAUACCCCAAGUUAUGCCAAAGCUAAAAUAUCAGCAGCACGCUUUUUUCAGCUACUGGACCGACAACCUCCAAUUAGUGUAUACAGUACUGCUGGUGAAAAAUGGGACAACUUCCAAGGAAAGAUAGACUUUGUCGACUGUAAAUUUACCUAUCCUUCUCGGCCUGAAACGCAAGUUCUGAAUGGCCUCUCAGUGUCAGUUAAUCCAGGGCAGACACUGGCAUUUGUUGGAACCAGUGGAUGUGGCAAAAGCACCAGUAUUCAGUUGUUGGAACGUUUCUAUGAUCCUGAUGAAGGGAAGGUGAUGAUAGAUGGGCAUGACAGCCGAAAAGUGAACAUCCAGUUCCUCCGCUCGCAUAUUGGCAUUGUUUCCCAGGAACCAGUGUUGUUUGACUGCAGUAUAAUGGACAAUAUCAAGUAUGGGGACAACACCAGAGAAAUUCCCAUGGAAAGAGUCAUAGCAGCUGCCAAGCAGGCUCAGCUACACGACUUUGUCAUGUCACUCCCAGAGAAAUAUGAAACUAAUGUUGGGACUCAGGGAUCUCAGCUCUCUAGAGGGGAGAAACAACGCAUUGCUAUUGCUCGGGCCAUCAUAAGAGAUCCUAAAAUUUUGCUCCUAGAUGAAGCCACUUCAGCCCUAGACACGGAAAGUGAAAAGACAGUUCAGGUUGCUCUGGACAAAGCCAGAGAGGGUCGGACCUGCAUUGUUAUUGCCCAUCGCUUGUCUACCAUCCAGAACUCGGAUAUCAUCGCUGUCAUGUCACAAGGAGUGGUGAUUGAAAAGGGGAUCCAUGAGGAACUGAUGGCCCAGAAGGGAGCCUACUACAAGCUUGUCACUACUGGAGCCCCCAUCAGUUGACCUGGCUCAAAAACUUAAUGCAUAGAGCUGGGAACAUGGCUACAUGGUAGAGCACUUGCCCAACAUGCACAAGGCCCUGGGUUCUAUUCCCAGCACCUGAGGGAAAGAAAAGAAAGAAAAAGAGGGAGAAAUGUUAAUAUCUUAUUCUUACAGACAUAACCAUGUGCUGGGAUCCAAGUUAAUUUCUAAUGACCUUCAAUAGUAAUUCAGUUUUAGAUAUCCAUAUAAAAACUAAAAUCAGUGUGAGUGAAAAUCCAAGGUCAAGCACCUAGUUAGCCACCACACAGUGCUUCUCUCUGCAGAAGCCAGUCACAAUCACUAUGUGGGAGUUAGUGAGAGGCUGUGGAAUGAAUGAGACUUUGAACUCCUCAAGGCAGGAGGACUGACUUUUGUCUUUUUGAACCCUUGGUGUACAUAAUGUCUCCUUUGUAAUAGGCACUUAAUAAAAUAUGUGUUGAGCUGGACUAAGAUCAAAUGUGAAAAGAGCAGAAAGGAUCAAAGACCAAUUGUAUUUCUCAACUAAGAUUUUCUUCCACACAAAGUAGAUGCAUUCAUCCCUAAGGCUGAGGAUAGGGAAAGGAGGGCUUUUGCACCCUGGAGGCUCUCAGGCUGAGGAUGUGGCAGGGGCAAGGAUUAGCAGAGGUUUACCAGUUUGUCCAUGGUGGUUGAGGCUGUGGACCCAGGGAGCAGUACAUAGGAAGUCACCAUUUACUAGACCAGACUGGGCCUGGGUGGCUGGGGGUGGAGGAGCUAUUCCGAGCCUUGUAUUUCUCAUUGCCCCCGCCCCAUAUUGGUUGCUUUCUUUAUUCUAUAAAUCCGAUUCAUGAAAUGAAAA